AUGGCCGGUCACUCCUCUGGGCUUCCACCCCUAAGCGACUAUGAGUUUAAGUUAUACAACCGCAUGGCAGAAAAGAUGGAGGGAUUUCAUCAAUGGUUUCGAGCGCGAUGGAACAUAAUCUACGACGUCGCAGAAUCAUCACAACGCCCCGCUGGUAUGUCUAUCAAGAGCUACCUUAACAUGUGUUUGGAAUUUUGUGAAAAUCUCGAGACACACCACAAGAUUGAAGAGAUCCGAGUUUUUCCAUACCUCGCUACGCGGAUGCCUGCUUUUGCCAACAAGGAUGAGUUGAUUAAGCAGCAUAGAGUGAUUCAUAAAGGACUCGAGAGAUUCGAGUCGCAUGUUCGCAAUUGUCUACGGGGUAAUGCUGAUCUACGAUGGGAUGAGAUCAAAGAUAUCUUGGACUCGUUUGGAACGACACUCUGGGACCAUUUGGACGAUGAGGUCAGGGAACUGGGAGCUGAACAGACUCGGAAGUACUGGUCAAAGGAGGAAAUGAUGAGGAUGCCGAUGUAA